AUGAGGAGACCCCCUGGGAAUGGAGAGACAGUCAGCGAGGGUCCAGGCAGCUGGAGCCUAUGGGGUCGACACGAGCCCAGGAGGCUGUGCUGUGCUGGCCCUGAUUGCUGUCGGCAGGCUUUGCUGCGGAUUGGCGUCAACAUGAUGGCACUGCCUGGAGGCCACCACCUGGACUCCAUUCCUCUGCCGGGUCAGCGGCUGCACCUAAUGCAAGUGGACUCAGUCCAGCGCUGGAUGGAGGACCUGAAGCUCAUGACGGAGUGUGAGUGCAUGUGUGUCCUGCAGGCGAAGCCCAUCAGCCUGGAGGAGGAUGCACAGGGUGACCUCAUCCUGGCAGGUGGCCCUGGCCCUGGAGACCCCCUGCAGCUGCUGCUCAAGCGGGGCUGGGUCAUCAGCACUGAGUUGCGCAGGAUUGGGCAGAAGCUGGCCCAGGACCGCUGGGCGCGUGUCCACAGCAUGAGCGUGCGUCUGACCUGCCAUGCCCGCUCCAUGGUCAGCGAGUACAGCGCUGUCAGCAGGAACUCCUCGCAGGAGAUGAGCCAGAUUGAGAAGCUGCUAAUGGAGAAGUGUUCAGAGCUGUCAGCGGUCACAGAGAGGUGCCUCCAGGUGGAGAAUGAGCACGUCCUGAAGUCGAUGAAGGCCUGUGUGAGCGAGACCCUGAGCACUCUGGGCGAGCACUUUGGCCAGCUGCUGGAGCUGGCCCUGACCCGGGAGGUGCAGGCACUGGUGAGAAAGAUCGAUGCCUCGGACAAUAUCUACACCACAGAGUCCACCACGGGGAAUCUGUUCAGCCUGACCCAGGAGGGGGCUCCCUUGUGCCGCAUCAUAGCUAAGGAGGGUGGGGUCGUCGCGCUGUUCAAGGUCUGCCGGCAGGACACUUUCCGGUGCCUCUACCCGCAGGCGCUCCGCACGCUGGCCUCCAUCUGCUGUGUGGAGGAGGGUGUCCACCAGCUGGAGAAGGUGGAUGGCGUUCUGUGCUUGGCUGACAUUUUGACCGAUGACAGCCACUCAGAAGCCACGCGGGCCGAGGCUGCGGCCGUGGUGGCCCAGGUCACCUCCCCACACCUGCCCUUCACCCAGCACCUCAGCAGCUUUCUGGAGAGCAUGGAGGAGAUCGUGACAGCUCUCGUUAAACUGUGCCAAGAGGCCUCGUCUGGGGAAGUCUUCCUGCUGGCCUCGGCGGCCCUUGCCAACAUCACCUUCUUUGACACGAUGGCCUGUGAGAUGCUCCUGCAGCUGAAUGCCAUCCGCAUCCUCCUGGAGGCCUGCAGCGACAAGCAGAGAGUAGACACGCCUUACACCCGGGACCAGAUUGUGACCAUCUUGGCAAACAUGUCUGUCCUAGAGCAGUGUGCCUCUGACAUUAUUCAGGAGAACGGGGUCCAACUUAUCAUGGGGAUGCUGUCUGAGAAGCCAAGGUCUGGGACGCCUGCCGAGGUGGCGGCCUGCGAGAGAGUUCAGCAGAAGGCUGCAGUGACCCUGGCCCGUCUUAGCCGAGACCCAGCUGUGGCACGGGAGGCCGUGCGGCUGAGCUGUAUGUCCCGCCUCAUUGAACUCUGCCGCUCGCCCUCAGAGAGGAACAGCAGCGACGCCGUGCUGGUGGCCUGCCUGGCUGCUCUGCGUAGACUGGCCGGUGUCUGUCCUGAAGGCCUCCAGGACUCUGACUUCCAGCAGCUGGUCCAGCCCCGGCUUGUGGACUCUUUCUUACUGUGCAGCAAUAUGGAGGAGAGUUUUGUGUAGCAAGUGUGGGAGACAAAAGACAUCCGGCAUCAUUCUCGAAACCCUAUCUGAGUACAUUCUUGUGAAC